AUGCUGCGUUUCCUCCUGUGUGGAAUUCCAGAGCUGUUAUUGGGGGAGGACCCGAACCCUUCGAUGCGAGCAGCGUCCUUCGUGGUCUGUGACAGCAGCGCCUUUUCCGGCGGCAAAGUUGCCGUGAAGGUUUCUCCUCCCCGUUUUACGGCUGUGGCAAGCCUGGUGAACAGCUUCACGUGUGCGCCACCAACGCUGCCGGCGUUCCCCUCACGCUGUUGCGAGUGGGAGAUGCUCGUUGGCAAGGGGAUUUGGGGCGCAUACGGUGUAUUAACCUCAAAGAUGCUUAAGGCGGGAUUGAGCUCCUCCUCGAUGCUGGAAUGGGAGUAUUAG